AGCGCGGGGCCAGCGGCAGCCGGCGGCCGUGAGGCUCCCGCCGCACCAUGGGCCGCCUCGCCGCCGCCGCCGCCGCUGCCAUGUCGGCCGCCUUCCUCAGCCCCAGCCUCGCCUUCAGCUCCCACUUCGAUCCCGACGGCACCCCCCUUAGCGAGCUUUCCUGGUCCUCCUCGCUGGCUGUCGUUGCCGUUUCCUUCUCCGGGCUCUUCACCUUCAUCUUCCUCAUGUUGGCCUGCCUGUGCUGCAAGAAGGGAGAUAUCGGCUUCAAGGAGUUUGAGAACGCCGAGGGGGACGACUACGUGACGGAGUUCUCGGCCCAGGGCUCGCCCGCCCCGCAGCAUGGCCCCGAGGUGUACGUCCUGCCCCUCACCGAGGUCUCGCUGCCCAUGGCCAAGCAGCCAGGGCGCUCAGUGCAGCUCCUCAAGUCUGCAGACCUUGGGAGACAGAGCCUGCUGUACCUGAAGGAGAUUGGGCAUGGAUGGUUUGGCAAGGUGUUCCUGGGGGAGGUGAACUCGGGCAUCAGCAGCACGCAGGUGGUGGUGAAGGAGCUGAAGGCCAGCGCCAGUGUGCAGGAUCAGAUGCAGUUCCUGGAGGAAGCACAGCCCUAUAGGGCCCUCCAGCACACCAACCUGCUGCAAUGCCUGGCCCAGUGCGCCGAGGUCACCCCCUACCUGCUGGUGAUGGAGUUCUGCCCGCUGGGUGACCUGAAGGGAUACCUGCGGAGCUGCCGGGGGGCUGACUCCAUGGCCCCAGACCCGCUCACUCUGCAGAGGAUGGCGUGCGAGGUGGCCUGCGGUGUGCUGCACCUGCACAGGAACAACUACAUCCACAGUGACCUGGCCCUGCGGAACUGCCUACUCACAGCCGACCUGACCGUCAAGAUUGGGGACUACGGGCUCUCACACUGCAAGUACAAAGACGACUACUUUGUGACGGCCGACCAGCUGUGGGUGCCGCUGCGCUGGAUUGCACCAGAGCUCAUCGAUGAGGUGCACGGCAACCUGCUCGUCGUGGACCAGACCAAGGCCAGCAACGUCUGGUCACUGGGUGUCACCAUCUGGGAGCUGUUUGAGCUGGGCAGCCAACCCUACGACCACUACUCCGACCGGCAGGUGCUUGCCUAUGCCAUCAAGGAGCAGCAGCUGAAGCUGCCCAAGCCCCAGCUGAAGCUGUCGCUGGCGGAGCGCUGGUAUGAAGUGAUGCAGUUCUGCUGGCUGCAGCCCGAGCAGCGUCCGACAGCCGAGGAGGUGCAUCUGCUGCUCUCCUACCUCUGCGCCAAGGGUGCGACGGAGGCAGAGGAGGAGUUUGAGAAGCGCUGGAACUCCAUGAAGCCCAACGGCAGCGCCAGCGGCAGCCACCACGGCACCGAGCUCUCCUCCUUCCCUCUGCUGGAGCAGUUCUCGGCCGACGGCUUCCCCUCGGACGGGGACGACAUCCUCACCGUGAUGGAGACCAGCCACGGCCUCAACUUUGAGUACAAGUGGGAGCACACCAAGACUGAGCACUUCCAAGCACCCCUGGGCUCUCUCAGCCCCAGCAGCGCCGCACGUUACCAUGAACUCUAUUACCCAGCAGCAUCUGCGGGGCACCUGAGCCUGGGGGUCUCACCGUCCUGCUAUGAGUGCAAGCAGCAGGGCUGCCCCAGCCUGCCGCCACCCAGCAUGGUGCCCAUCCUGGGCGCACACAGCCCCUCGCUCGGCAGUGAAUACUACAUCCGCAUCGAGGGCCCGGCUGAGGGCAGUGCUGAGAUGGACUACGCCAUGUGCUCCUACAGCCCUGAGGGUGAGCGUGGCUCCACGUCCUGCUGGAGAACCCAGGGCGCGCGGGAUGACUCGGACAGCAGCCCCACUGCAUCGCUGAGCAUGGAGCCACUGCUGGGCCAUGCACCGGCAGCUGAGGGCUCGUGGGAGUGCGCUGAGUACUACCCCUACGCGGGGCAGGAGCAGCACGGCUAUGUGCCAUCCCCCGGCCCUGAGCAGUUCCUGCUGGACGAGGAGCAUGCUGAGCCCAGUGACAAGGACUGGCCCGUGCCCAGCUUCCAGCACAGCGUCUUCGCCGACCCACUGGGCGUCUCGCCCUCAUUGAACUGUGCCUACAGCCCCCAGCACUACAGACAGCCUCCAGCACAGGUUGAAACCCAUCCGGACUGCGUGGCGCUGGAGCUGGGCGAUGACAGCCCCCCUGGGGCUCCCAUCCCAGCAGCCCCCCAGCAGCAACCCUGGGCCUCCAACAGCUCCUCCAACAACAACAUUGGCAGUGGCAGCCCGGCCACCCGCGAGCCCGCCGACAGCUGGUGCUACCGCCGCAUGAUCACCUUCCGUGGGCUGAUGGCCAAGCCGCUGGGCACUGUGCCACCGCGCACCCAGCCCCAACUCGGGGGGUCCCCGCCGGGCAUCGAUUUCCGCCGCCCGCGGCAGGAGCAGCCCCAGCCCCCCGGCUCCUCCCAGUGCCGCUCACCCUCCCCGCAGAGCCAGGCCUGGCAGAGCCGUGACUCAUCAGCCUCCGGCCGCUCGCAGGCAGCAGCGCUGACUGGCGGCCCCGACGCGGCCCUGGAAGCCGGAGCGCAGCCGUGCCCACAGGAUGCCCACCCGGCUGAGGGCAUGGAGCGGAGCAGCCCUCCAUGCAGCCCUGUCCCCCCUGACACAGCUGGGACAAGUCCUGGGGAGGCCACCCUUAUGGCCGGCAUCACUGUGCCAAGCCCAGCUCCCACCAGGGAGCCUGGCAUAGACGGUGCCCCGUCUGCGCCGGAGGGCCCUGAGACAUCGGUGUCUGCAGAGGUGGCCGCCGAGAGCAGCGCGUGCCCCACCAGUGACGCAGAACGCACCCCAGACAAAACCUUCUCCAGCAGCAGCUUCCCUGGUGGCGACGACGGCAGCGAUGAGGACACGGCAGAGCUGACUUCAGGAGUCUUCACCGACUUCUCCGGGGACUACGUGGAGCGGGCAGACAUGGUGCCGGCAUUCAAGUCCUUGCAGAAGCAGGUGGGGACACCGGACUCCCUGGAGUCGCUGGACAUCCCCUCUACUGCCAGCUCCUGCGAGGUGUUCAGCCCCACCGCCUUCACGUCCGCCGGGCAGCCCAAGGCUGUGGACAGUGGCUACGACACAGAGAACAAUGAGUCCCCUGAGUUUGUCCUCAAGGAGCCCCACGAGCCCCGUGAGCCCGAGGCCUUUGGCCAGAUGGGGAAGCCACCCCCGGGUCUGCCGGGAGGGGAUGGGGACAGCCCAGCCCCUGAAACACGGCUCUCGGCAUCCUUCAGUGCUGAGCUGCAUGGCCUCUCCGAGAAAAACCCCUACCGUGACUCUGCCUACUUCUCCGACUACGACACCGAGGCUGAGCGUGGCCCCAAGGAUGAAGAGGACAGCGAUGGCUCCGAGACCCCAGAGGCAGAGAAGGAGGGACCCCAGCCCCACGUGCAGGACAUGGCGCAAGCUCCCGAGUUGGGGGAGGACACACUGCACCCCCCAGGAGCACCUGGCAGCCCCCUAGCAGCCCCCAGCACAGUGCUGGCAGCCAAAGCACUGGACAUGGGGGUCUCUGUGGGGGACUGGCGGGGAGCAGAGACGGGUGGUCCCACGGUGCAGGAGCACGGCACUGAGCACCCAGCACCGAGCAGCUCCCCAUGCCCUGAUGGUGAUGUGCUGGGGGGCUCUGUGCCAACCAAGACUUUCUCCUUGUCCCUGGUGCCAGAUGGUGAGGAGCCAGUGGCAGGCGAAGGGACUCAUGAGGCUGAGAGCAUCCCUGGACUGGGAGAACACGUGGCUGGGGGUGAACAGACUAUGCCCCCUGUGCCAGGGCUUGGGGCAGCGGGGCUGCCCCCAGAGGGCAACAGGCUGGGCAUCACACCUGGAGGGGAUGCGCCCGGGGGUCCCAGCACACUGCCACCAGGGGAUGAGACACCGAUGGGUAUCUCCCUGCUCCCAUCCACCCCUGAGCGCCGAGAGGAGCCCGAGGAGGAGGAGGAGGACACGGAGGACAGUGAUGAGUCGGACGAGGAGCUGCGCUGCUACAACAUCCAGGAGCAGAGUGAGGAGAGCGAGGAGGAGCCGGCGGCCGUCCCCAUUGUGGUGGCCGAGAGCCACAGUGGCAGGAACCUGCGCAGCCUGCUCAAGAUGCCCAGCCUGCUCUCCGAGGCCUUCUGUGAGGACCUGGAGCGAAAGAAGAAGGCCGUGUCCUUCUAUGACGAUGUCACCAUCUACCUCUUUGACCAGGAAAGCCCCACACGGGAGCUGGGCGAGCAGAGCUUCCCAGAUGUCCCCGAGCCCUCGGUGCAGCCCCCAGCCAGCAGCAGCCCCACCAGCCCUGCCAGCCCCACGGAGAGGCUGAGCGCAUCAGAUGACUCCUCGGAUGGCAACGCCUCAGAAGAGAGUGGAGGCUUUGAGUGGGACGAUGACUUUCCUCUCAUGCCGGUGAAGCCAUCCCUGAUGUCCUCGCUGACACCGGCAGAGCCUGACCCAGCCGUGCCCACGCUGGUGCCGACCCCGAAACAGGUGCUGCCCCUCCAGUUCUCCCGUUUCACAGUCUCUCCUGCCCCGGUGUCCCGGUUCUCCAUCACCCACGUCUCCGACUCAGACAUGGACUCCGUAGGAGGCAGCAGCGAAGACGGUGACCGGGAAUGAGCCAGCGUGCACCUCACCUGCCUGCGCCCUCGGCACCGGCACCGCCACCGGCACCGGCACUGGCACUGGCACUGGCACUGGCACUGGCCAGCGACUGCAGAGGACAGGGGCAGCCAGAGCCUGGUGUGAGCUCCAGGCACCUUGCUCCGUUUUUUAGGCAGAUGUGGUUGGAAGGAGUUUGGGUGCUGCUGGCUGGAGCCGGGCACAGCCCAGGGUGAGGCGCUGUGUGCCAGCGGUGCGUGUGCGAGUGGAUGGCUGCGUGUGUAUAAAUACAUAUAUAUAUAUAUAUAGACAUAUAUAUAUAUAUAAAAUUAUAGCAUUUAAAGGGUAGUGCCCUGACCUUGCUAACAUUUGCUCAGUCCCCCCUCAUUGAUGCCCCCCCCACCCCACAUUGGCUUUCUCCCCACGUGUGCUCCCCGAGGCGAUCUUUGUCCCCACCUGCACCUUGAUGCCCCCCCCCAUACCCACCUAUCCAGGGCUGGCAAAGCCUUUUGGCUACUGGGGGGAUUCAGGGUGGGGGGCUGCCCCCUGCUUUUAGCCAGGCCCUUCGGGGAGCAGUCCCAGCCCUGCAGGGAACCCCGAAGGUCGGCGGGUUCCCCACCUCCCUGAGGCUUUUUGGGGGGGAGGGGGGCUGACCUGACUAUUUUUGUAUUUAAAGAAAAAAAAAAACAAAAACACACACACACAAAAAAAAGAACCCUAAAAAAAAACCCCCACAAAACCAAAACUUGCUGUUGACAGAACUCACGUUGCCGCGGUUUUAAGUUAUUGUUGCCAAAGAGAUGUAAAGAGUUUGUGGAGGCACUCGGGGGGGUUGGGGAUGUCGUGGUUUGUUUGUUAUUUUUUCUGUUGUUGUUGUUUUGUUGUUUUGUUUUUUUUAAUUCAUUUAAGGCUUAGGAUAAUUGUGCAAUUCCAGCUCCCAGGAGGUUGUGGGACUAAGCGGAGCCUUUGGGAACCUUGAGAUCAGGGCUGUGUCCUUGGGGGCUGAUAGACCAAACCCUGAGGUGAGGAAUGCCCCCCACCCACCACCACAGCCCCGUGUCCUGCAGCCCGGGCUGGCUCCUGGGAGGGGGGGCCGGGGCACAGCACACACACACAUGUGUACACAUGUGCCCUUGGGAUGGGGCUGCUGCUGGAGGCUGCAGGGAUGUUCUUUGGCUCCCAUUGCCCACCCAUCCAGCCUGCAGCUGGGCCGUGGCGUUUUAGGAGAAAGCUGUUGGAGGGGUGCCACCCCCUUAAAGGGAACAAGCGGUUCCCCCAGCCUCAGCCCCAAAAACCAGGAGGAGGGGGGCUGUGCCUCCCCACUGCACACCCCACACCCUUCCUGACAUACCGAGCCCAAUUCCUGCUUGAGCGAAGUGUAUGAUUUCAGCUCCCACCCCCACCACAGCCGCUUUGCAUUGCAGCGGGGGCCCCCUGACCCCCCCCAUACCUGCAGGGGCUGCUGGAGCCCCCCCAGCCCAGGGUUUGGUCUAUGGCAGAGGCAGCCGCCUCUGGAGGGCAGCACGAGAGCACAGCUGCGUCCGCCAGAUAUGAUGAUGAUGAUUUUUUUUUUUUUUUUUUUUUAAUAGAAGAGCUCCUCUGACAUUGUAUAUUUUAUCGAUACGGGUCAUUACUGCUGUAUUUUUUAUCAGUGCUGAUUUCCAUACAGCUCCCAGCAUGUGUGUCAGACAUCAUCGGGCCGAUAAUAAAAGUUUUUAAAAUAUCGUACUCCGUUUCCUGCCCGCAUCAUUCCCUGGCACAGCCGUGGCUGUGGGGCUGCUCUGAUUUGGGACCAGUGUUACAUGGGAGAGCUCUGCUCCAUCGCCGCUGCGGGGGCUCCACCAACCCAAAGGAAAACGCGGGGUGCCCGGUGGUGGGGAGGUAAAUUUUAUUGCUCAUAAAUUACUUCUUUUUUUUUUUUUUUCCUCUCAUUAAAAAACAAAACAAAACAAUUUCAGGUUACAUCUUGCAGGUGCCCACCAAGGCAGGAGGUGCAGUGAAACCCCGGGCUCAGCAGCCCCUCGUAUGGGGCUGGAAGAGGACGACACGGGGCUGAUGACAAGGCACACUCCAUCCUGACACCCCUACCCCAGCUGUGAGCCACCCAACCCUUCUGAAGGCCCCGAGAUGCAGCAGAGCCUUCCCCUGCCCCUUGUUGCCCUGAGGCACAAUACAGUGGCUCUCAGCACAUGGCAGAAGAGUUGGCACCACACGGUGAGACCUGGGGUUGGCACAGCUGCCACCAUCCUUGGGGCACAUUGGGCAGGGUGCAACCCCUGCACUGCAUUUUGGGGUGCUGCUGGGAUGGGCAUACUUAGGGACAAGGUGGUGGCUUCCCAUGCGUGAUGCAAGGGUGCCGGAGGACAGCACCUGGAGGUGGGCUGUGGUGGGCAGAAUGCUGGGGGUCACAGUGCUGCUCCGGCCCCACAGAGGAAACAGCGAUGUGUCCAGGAGCGAAAUGUAUCCCGGGGGCAGCCAGCAUCACUUUGGCCCUGGGUGGGGAUGCUCUCCUGGCAGGGCGCUUUCACAAGCCAUGGGAGGGGGCACAGCAGUGCCAGCAGCUGGCUCUAACUGGAAAGCCCCUCCAUAGCAGAACCCCACCAGCACUGACCAACGCAGUCAGCUCUCUGCCACCUGGGCUAAACCUACAGUCACAGCAACCCGAGCGGUCCUCUGCGCUCAAACAAUUAAAAAAGUGCAACACAAUGGGAAAGGCAGAACCUCUGAGCACUGCUCCCAGCCGUGCCUCACUGGUGCCAGCUGCAUCAUGCAGCAAAGAUGCGGCUCCUGCUCCAAAAACCCCUUCCCCUUUGGCAGGGCCGGGGGUGUGAGUAUAUAUGCGUAUAUAUUUCAGUCUCAUGCAGCCCUAGGAAUAGUGGAAGAGAAGCAGCAAAGCAGGAGGGCUCUGGGGCUGAGCCUGGGACGGAGCACAGCAGUGCUGGCUAUCCCGUGGCACGUAUCUACAGAGCCCUCUGCUCCUCGAGUAUUUCUUAGCUUAUAUCCUACAGCAGUACCGUAACACCCCCCCUAUGUACACGGCCAUGGCACUGCAGCAGCCCUGGGAGCAGAGUCCAGCCCCGACCCAGGGCUGCAGCACUGGCACCAGCAACUCCUUUGCUUAAAGGGAGACUGGGGCUCUCCUGCCCGCCCAUUGCCACUGCAUCCCAUGAGAGCAGGGUGUCCCCCGUGCCUUCCUCCCUCCCCUGCAAGCUGCUGCCACUCCUAGAAGCAAACCUGGCUAUGGGGCAUGAGCUGGGAGCACGGGGUGUGCCACCGGGGGGGGGGGGGGGGGGAAGAGGGGGGGCAUCAGGCUGUUUGGCAGCCAUCUGACCUCCACCACUGCAAGCAGCGAGCUGGAUCUAGAGAAGAGAGGAAAUCGGGGCACUACAGCUUUAGCCUUUGGCUUUUCAAAGCAGCAGGAUUAAAUAAACUCUGCCUAAAAAGGCGGCUCUGGGAGGCAGCCAUGCGCCGGGCGAUGAGGCGGCGGCAGUGCCACGCGGCGGCAGCGCUCCCGGCAUCAGCUGAUGAGCGGCGCCGAGCGGUCGUUCGUCACGGUCGGUUUCAGCUGGACGUUGGCAAAGGGAUUUCUGCAGGAAGAGAGGAGGGCAGAGUUUAGCAGAGGUUCGGGGAGUGCAGGUGUGGGGCGAUGGGACGACGACACGGUGAGACCCCGCCAGCUCUGGUUGCAGGGAUGCUCCGAUGGCUCCAGGUGGCCCAGCACAUCCCUGAGUGCAAGGUAUGGUCCACGUGGAGCUUCCUCCUACCUUGCUUUUCAGCAGGCCUAAAGCUGAGCUCUUCCAAAGGGAAAAAAAUAGGGGUGGCCGCGGGGUGCAGAAGCUGCUCUGGCACCUCCCCUGGGGAGAGUCCUGAGGUCAGCAGCACGGUGCACAAGGCAUAGCUCCCUGCACCCGCUGCCACGGGACGUGCUGGGACAAGAGCAGAGCGCACAGCUCCGUGCCAAGCUGCAUGGAAGCAGCAAAAUGUCCAAGAGGCAGAAAACAGGGAGAGGAUGGGCUCCUACUGCAUGCCCAGCACCAUCCUGCAGCCGCCCACACUCGCAGAGCGUUUUCCCUGGCAGGCAGAUUGCUGCACACAGCAUCUGCCACCACGCUGACACGCACACGCCCUGCACAGUGCCUUGCACCACCUCCUGUGUGUAAACAGCCCUGCUCUGCUGGCAGCCCCCAGCCCUCCCCAGCAGCUGCACAACCCUUCACCUUUGUGCUAUGGCAGUUGCAUAUGGUUGUGGCACCCUCUUGGGGUCCUGUGCCCAUUCCCAUGGCUGGUACAGCCCAAGAGCCAACCAUGAGCACAGACGUGGGGUAAUUGGCAUUAGGAGCAGCCACGCUAUCAGCUGUGCUAUCAGCUGUCUCCACCCACAGCAGCACCCACAGCAGCAGCAGUAGGGCCAGGGGGUGGGGCUGCAGUCCACCAGGUGCUGCCCCUCACCAUGCCUCACCUUUGGAUGCUUGUUUUUCUUUUCCUCAAAAGAUAAAUGGCUUUAUGCUUAAAAAUAGGGUAAUUAAUUUCCCACCUAAUUAAUGCAGAUGCUUAGAUCAGUUUUCCCCUUAGGAUGCCAAAAUAGAUUCUUGAGACUGAAAGAGUAGAAAAGGAGGCUUUGAUGAGUCACCAGGGGCUAUUAUUUAACUGUUUUGGUUCUGGCAGGGAAGAGCCAUUGGGAUGGGAACCCACAGCUCUGCACCACAGCAGAAAAAGCAUGGGGCACACAGAGCUCCAUCCCAAGAUGGGGGGGCAGCUCCAAGACACAGCCCUGGAGCCAGGUGUGGGUUGGAACCCGUGUCUACAAGCAAAAGAAGCUGCUCAAAAAAUGUCAUUAGUGACCACACGUUGGCUGGGCAGAGCUCUGCAGGGUCCAGGUACCACUGGUGACCUACAACCAAAGGGGUUGGUUAUGGGGUCAGAGCAGGGUGGGCAGCAGCAGCAGCAGCGCGCGAGAAGCUGGGACCCCUCUGCAGAAGCUCAGCAGCAGCAGCAGCAUCCAAUGCACAGCAGCAAUGUGCAGAGCUGAGCAGCAGGGCUGGGUGUGCAGGGUCCCACCACUGGGGUGGGGACAAGCAGUGAGCGAGGGCUCACACAGCAUGGGUGCAGGAAGGAGAGCGGAGGCACCGUGUGCCCAGCGUCAGCGCCCAGCACAGAGAGGGGCACGCGGAGAGACCGUCAACUUACUAACUAUGGGCAGGGGGCAUCUCAAAACCUGGCCACUUCAACAUCGGGGCUGCAAGGGAAAGAGAAGGCAGGUUGGAGGACACCGGCAUGCCUUGAUGGGAACAAAUGGUGGUGGUUAACGAAAAGAACCGGGUGGAGGCAGCUCUGGGUAGAGGAAGCAGGAGGGAAAAAUAAAGUAAAAAUAAAAGAAAGAGGAGGAAAAGUGGGACUGAUUGAGUGGUGAGUCCAGCAGCACACCCUGUGAGGAGGGGAAGGAGGCACGUGGCUGCGAGUGGUGCAGACCUACAGGGAGGAGAGGGCAGGAGAGGAGGGGUGGGGGGGUCUGCUUCCUUCCCAAUGCCCCCAGACCGAUGCAGCCUUGCUGGGAGCCAGGCAGUGGGCAUGGGGCAGCCCACUGGCAUGCAGCACUGAAGGGAGCAGAGAUGCAGCACAGAGAACAGGGUUAAACAGCUUUAACCCCUUAGCAAAGCUGCUUCAACACAAACCAGUCCAAGCUGAGCGCGGGCACUGGGCACUGAUGGGAUGGGUAUGGCCCUUGGCAUGGAGGGAUGGAGAAUGGCAACAACAAAAAACAAAAGGGCAUGGCAAUGCGGGCGGUGAUGGCAGCGCACAGCACGGCAGCCGAAAAAGACACCGAGGCCCAGCUCAAUGCAAUAAAUAAAACUUUUAUUCAAACAAUAACUCGAUACAGGGCACGGUUCUCUCUGGCUUUUGUGGUUGUUUUUUUUGUUUUUUGUUUUUUUUAAAAGAAAAAAAGGUUUCAGCACUUUACAGUCUCCAUCCAAGUUCUGCUAGGGUGGUCGUCUCCCCUCUACCUUCAGUCAUUCAGUGUGACAUACCCUGGGUUAAAAAUCUUUAGCAAAAUCGUGACAUCGCUGCAGGAGGGUCUCAUCACUGUCUGCUCAUAGUGUAUAAAACAAAACCUGGUCCGUGUGGCUGCGCGCUCUGCCAGCCAGAUCCUAAUAAACGGGCACGUGAGAGGUCUUAAAAAUCACAUCCGAAAAAAAGAAAGGAAGCGUGGCCAGCUCCGUGGUGCCCAGCCCCUUGGCCCCCAGCACGAAGGUGAGGUAACGAUACCUUGCUACAAAAAAUAUAUAUAUAUAUAUAUUUAUAAAACAACGAGGAGGGACCUGCGGGGCCGCCCUUGAGUCCAGCGGAGCAGCAGCCGCUCCGGUGCCAGGAGCUCAGCCCCAUUCACUUCACCCUAUAGCCAGGUGGAAGUGGAUUUGGGGUGCGGGACCCGCGCCGCCCCGCAGCCCAGCGGGUGCUCGGUAACAGUACGUACACCAGGCCAUGCAUAUUGGGUCCAUCCUGGGGCAUCCUGCCCGCGUCCGCGGCUCGUGUAAAGCCCCAGAGGAGGGAUAGUGCAUCUCUAACAUUCACAAAGUAGUACAAAAAACUGGGUCCCACUAAAAGUGUAAACUGCAUCCAGGCUGCUUCAAAGCGAGCACAGACCGAUCGGCAGUUUCUGCUCUGAAAAGGCGUCAGAAACAAGGGCACUGUGAACACCGGGGAGGGGUGGAGAAGCACCAUGGUUUCCUUGAAGAUCACGAGAGAAUUUAAAAUCCGAAAGUGGAGAAAGAGAAAAAGGAAGGGAGGGAAAAAAA